AUGCCCCACCUCUCCCUCUCCAUCCCCGGUUCUCCCCGCUCGCCCUCCUCCCCGCCGUCGCUGACGAUGUCCAGUCCGUCGGUGUCGGCACGUACGAACACGCUCGUCGUCACGCGCCUUCCCCCUCAUUUCUUCGAACCCAUCAUCCAGGACGCCCUCCGGAGCCACUUCGAGACCUACGGGCCCCUCCACACAUGGGCACCCAUCCGCGGUUUCGCGCGGGUGAUCAUGGUAUACUUCUCAGAGGAGGACGCCGAGAUCGCAAAGGAGACCAACGACGGGCUUGUCCUCGGCGACAUGCAGGACCAACCCGACUACCUCAUGCGCGUCUACCGCGCGGACCCGACACCCAUCGAGUCGGAUGAGACGCACGAGCACAACCACUACCUCCGCCCGCCCGUAAAUGAGAAGAACUUCCUGAUCUCGCCCCCUGGCUCUCCACCCGUCGGCUGGGAGCCGAUCCGCGAGGACCCCCCGAACUCCACGCCACUCGCUCACGACCUCAUCGCCGCACUCCGCAAGCUCGAGAUCGAAGCCGCAGCUGCGGCGCGCGGGCCCGGGCUCGAGGUCGACGGCGACGUGCGGAUGGACGGCUGCGAUGACUGGGCGUAUGGGGACAUCGCGCCGUCUAGGGUGCGGAACGCUUGGCGGCCGACGCCGACGUCGAUGCCGCCGGUGCCGGUGUCCGCUUGA